UAAAUAAAAAAAUAUUAUCAUUUUUUUAAUGUUUUUUUAGUAGAUUACUUUUUUAAAUUUUUAUCAAACUGAAACGAACGUAGUGAUUACAAUAAAGGUACUUUUUGGCUGAAACCCACUGAAACCACAUUAUUACCAUACUGAAACAUAGGUACCUAAUAAUAUUAGAAUCUUUGAACUUCACUAAAUAAUUCACUAUCUAGUACUGUACUAAUUUUAUUGUUAUUAUUAUUGGUGACAUCAUUUUACAAGAAGAUGAACAAGAAAAGAGUAAACAUUGAAGAAUACUACAAUGGUUUACACAAUAUGCCACUACCAGUGUUUAGUAAGCAUUUACAGCAUAAAACUAAAUGUAAGGCUUGCAUGCAGGAAGGUGAUAUACUGAUAACCAACAUCACGAAACCCAAUGAGAUGACUGAAGCCCUAAAUAUUUUUGGUAACAUCGAAACCGAUGACGAUGUCGAAAAUCCUAUCUAUUUGUGCUAUAUUUGUUACAAGUUUCUAAAGAGUGCUAUUUUAUUCAGAAAAGUUGUGCACCGCACAAACGAAACAUUAAGGGAAACCUUCAUGAAACAAUCACCCGACCAUCUCAACGAUUAUGACUAUUUAGGAACAUUUGAAGAUGACAAAUCACAGGAUUAUUCACCUAAAGAUUUCAAAUGCAAAAAACAGCCUAAUUUUGAAUGUAAAGAAGAGCCAAUAAUAAAGGGCAACAAAGUUGAAUGCCCCUUAUGUAAAAAACUUCUGGGAAAGUCCUACUACUAUAAUAUUCAUUUGCAACUACACAAUCCAAAUCUCCCAGACCAAUAUGUGUGUGAUAUUUGUGGAAAGUCAUUCAAGUUGAAGAAAGUUUACAGUGGACACAUGGAACGGCACGAGACCCGAUACAUUUUUAAAUGUGACUUAUGUCCUUAUGCAGGACGCUACAAAGAGAGACUCUCCAUGCAUAUGCGUGUACAUACUGGAGAGUUAAAAUACUUAUGCACACAAUGCCCUGCUAGGUAUAAUUCUAGAGGUAGGUUGAAUGAUCAUGUCAAGUUAAAGCAUACAGAGCCCGAAUUUAAAUGUGAUUCUUGUGAUAAAGCAUAUCACAAUAGUUUGAAUCUCCAGAGGCAUAUAGAAGCAUCACACUUAAAAAUUAAAAAGCAUCAAUGUGAUGUAUGUGGCGCAGCUUUUGGUUACAGACAUGACAUGUUGAAGCAUGAAAGACUUGUACACAAGAGGGCUAACUUAAGGCCUCGUUUCUUCAAAUCAGCUUACAAACGUACCAGCAACAAUAGCGAGUGAAUAUUAGUACACCAUCAUCAGUGUUGGUGAUUCAAUCCAAUUAUAGCAUGGUCUGGUCAAGAAUCUAUUUCCCCUGAAUUCUUGCCUUGGAUUUAUUCUUCCAAGUGGCAAUGCCUAUGUCAAAUAUAUCUUCAGUAAACACCGGUAGAGUGGUUGUUGCCAUCAUACCAUACCACUUCUCUGUUGGCAAACAGCUUGGCACACAAGGGGUUGCCUACAGCAGAUUUAAUUAAUUGGCACUGCCCGCAAAAAAAAAGUGUGGAUGCCCAAAACAAAUGUGACAACAUACUAUUUCAGAUGAGGCAAAAAAGAUUAGUCUCACUUGGGGUAAGUUGAAGCAUAAGGUGGCCUAUAUAUAGAUUAGCUUGGAGAAGAGUAGUGUCUGAGCCACCCCGAAAGGAUAACAAAGAUUUAGUGAGGAUGAUGACAGACAACCUUCAUUUUCUGGCUACUUCUACUAUGUUUGGAGAUGUCUAAGAAACUUAAUAUGAAUAAAUCCAUGUACUUUGAGUUGCAGUGACUAGGCGUGAUAUCGCUACAAGAGAAUAAAGAUGUGGUUCUCCUUUCUUAUAAGAGUAAAGUUUAAUGAUACAAUUCAUAGAACUAAUUGUAGUAAAUAUUCAAAACUA